AUGAUUGCAACAACACCAACGACUAACUGUAGAUCGAGGGGGUCUCACCCGUGUCGGGGGGGGGAAGAAUACGAAUCAAAAGGAACCAGGGUCCCUCCAGACAGGUUUCGUGUCGUUCCCCGUACUGGGUUGGCGCGAGCCGUUACGGUACACCCCCGAGGCGCGCGCCAAAGAAGGGUCGGCGUGCCCGCAUCGGCGUCUGGCGUACCGUACACCGGGUUGACAGGAAAUUUUGUCCUGUACUCUUUUCGUAGAGAGAGUCGGAUAGGCGCUGCCCACGUAUCGGUAGCAUUGGCGCGCUCGAAAUUCGAAUCGUUCUUUGGUUUCUAUUUCAGUUUUGCAUUUGAAUUUGCAAAUUUGCAAAGCAAAGAAUUCCUCGGACGUAUGGUGUGGGGAUUGACUGUGAUGGUAUCGGACUCGCCUGGAACCAACCUCUCGACGGUCGCAUCGAUCCCUCGGGUGGGUGGAGCCAGCACUACCCUCACAACAAACAACAACAACCCAUUGCACACGUGCUCGCUCGCUCGCUCUACAGCGGAUCCGUCGUCCAAGAUCUGGCCGAAGAGUACGCCCAACAGAAUGCCGUGUGACGAGAACCACAACAAUGACGACGACGACGAGUCGGUCGAUACCGUCGAACUCGCCCGUCGCAUUCAAGGUCCCCUAUCUACUACUAGCCCCGCCAACACUGCCACCAACACUGCCAUUACCAACGUGAUUGCUCGUCGACCCGAUACGAUUCACGCGACGACUCUGGAGGAUAUGGACGACCUUAGCAACGACGAAGACGACGACGAUUCGGUCGCAACGGUCGAACUCGCCCGACGUAUUCACAAUCAACGCACCACGCACACGACUCGGGAUCCCUCCACUUCUCACAAUCGUCCACUUCACGAGAACAAUUGGAAUACCAACAAUGACGAUUCCAACAAUGACAAUACCAACGAUGACCUGCAUGACCCCGAGGACGAUUCGGUCGAUACGGCUAGUUUAGCGCGACGGAUUCCGCAACGCCGUCAUCGUGAGCCGGUUGCGCAGGAGGAAUUCUAUCUACCACCCGACGUUGGGGACGACGACAGCAGUACCAGCACCAGUACUACUACCAGUGGCAGUAACAGUAACGUUAGGAGCAACACAGAUAACGCACGACAGAUAAAGGACGAGGAAAAAGAGGAACCCUUGCACCUCCCCGUUCCCGCGAAUCCAACCAUACCCGUACUCAACCCGCCCCCACGACCGUCGUGCCGGUUCAACCUCCCACCGACGGCGAGGUCGUCGUCGUUGUCGCCCGAGAUCGUCGCCCCACACCACACACCGGGCCCGGUCGCGUCCCGGGGAAAAUUAAUUACAUCAUCCCGGAAGUCGGACUUACAAUUAACGCCCCCGCAUCGAACCGACGACGAAUUGGCGGAAGCGGUAUUUUGGAACGGUGCUCGUUCCAACGCUCGGACCGAUUCCGUGACCGACCACACUGCGCUGGUAGAGACGCCGUCCGUACCCAGCCCGCGGCCGUCGUCGGACGGCGUGCGGGACGGGCUUCGUCCUUCCCGACCAACUCCGGUCUUUGCUCCGAUAGAUCGGCACCAACCCUUGUCGAUAUCGACGACCACAACGCCGCGUGCACUGACGCACGACGAUAUUGAAACCUUUUCCGACGAAGACGCCGCCGCUUUUGGUUUUCCAUCCACCGAAACACACGCGUCGUCCAUGGACGUCCCUAGUCGAGAGAAACAUAUUCCUAUGUCGUCGCGGCCAUACUUGCUUCCGUCAAGUCGCGUUCAACUGCCAUCAGCAGUCACCGUCACCACUAGAACCACGACGUUUGCGCCGUCAUACUUGUCUACCGAUGGACAAGAAGCGGAAACGGAACAAAAUUACCCUCUUUCCGGAAAGCCUUCCACGGUUUCGUCAAAUCCUUGGCAAUCAGCUCCCGCCCCAAGAAGGCGUCUACGCAACGCGGCUGUGAGCGAUACAAGUCAAGUGCGGGCGGCGGUCAAACGCAAGCGAACGGCAUCAACACCGGGUCAGCCUUUCACAAUGUCGACGUUUCAGGAGCACGACUCUCGGGGCAGCAACGGAGGUAAGCCUCCACAACAACGACACGGAAACCCGAGGACAAAUACUAUACCGGAGGGAGAUUGGUUAUCGCAGUGGAACUCCGCUCGUGCAUCCGGUACGGCACCGCGCAACGAUCUCGCUGGUGGAUCUGGUGUCGGAGCCGGUAGUUAUGAAAUGGUGCCGCAGUACUCUCGCAACGAGGAAAAUCUUAACCUGUCUAGGCAAGAACAAGGUCGUGCCGGCUUUUCAAAGAGAUCGGCCCGUGGUGGCAGAAAACGAGGAGCAAAAGGAAGGAGUGGAUGGGCCAAGAAGGGCAGGAGCGGCGGAGACUAUGCGAGAGGAAGUGUACGUGGCCGACGCGGACGGGAUGCCGCCCUUUCCACUUCUAGCAGUAUCAACUGGAAUCCCAAUCCGGUACAGGCAGCCCGAGACGAUCAGACAUUGCAGCAUGUCGGAGGGGCAGAAAUUUCCUUCUAA